AUGAGCCAGCCUCCCACUUACGCCAACACCAGCUGCCAACUCCCCAACCCAGGAGAAGCCAGUACCUGCCACCCUCCCAACACUACCAACAGCAUCAGCCAACCCGAAAGCAUCUGUCAAGCUUCCAACCCGGACAACACCAGCCAACAGCAUAUGCCAACCUCCCUCCAGCUGACACCGGCCAUCCCUCCACCCCAGCCAACAGCACCUGCCAACCCCCCAACCAGGCCAACACCAACCCAACCUCCAACUCCGCCAAAAAUGAUAUCCCAACCUCCCCGACCCAUCCAACCUGCCCUCCACUCCAGCCAACAACAGCUGCCACCCUUCCAGCCAACAACAGCUGCCACCCUCAACCAGCCAACCAGCCAAGCCAGCAGCACAGCCAGCCACCAGCCAGCAGCCACAGCCCAGCCAGCAGGAGCCAGCAGGAGCAGCCAGCAGGAGCAGCCAGCCAGCCAGCAGCAGCCAACCCCAGCCAGCCAGCAGGAGCAGCCAGCAGGAGCAGCCAGCAGCAUUCCAACGGCAUCCGAUAAUUACAACCGCAAUAAAUCGGGCCUGACGUCUCACCUUGCUCCCCCUAGCCAACUCCUUCUCCUUUAUUACUCUCGGAACCACUUAGCGUCGAACGAAAUUAAAUCGAGAAGCAUAUAUAAGGGAGAGUUUACGAGUCCCUCAAAGAAGCUGGAGAGGCGCACGCAACGAGAGUAUCGCGCCCCGGUCCUGGACGUGGCCCGACGGAGCCCCUUGCCGUUCUCAGGAGGCCGUUGCUCUGCACGUACGCGCACGUACACACGCCCAUGGGGACUGCGCAUGCACGGAGGGCGUCUGGAGGGGUUUCGGAUGCGUAAUUGCAUAUUAAACUGUGUUUCUGUGUUGACAUGUGAGUGGGACAAACAGACGGGUAAACAGAUGAAUCAGGUAUGA